UUCCAUCGAUCGCGAUGGACAAUUCUCUCUCCCCUCAAUUCAGAAGCAUCGAUCCGUCUUUCGACCCGAGCUCUGGGAUGAGAAUUGGCCGGAGCUGUGCCUCAUCGAUCCACUACCGUACGCUGCGAGUGUGGGGAUUCCGUGCAUGGGUCAGGCGAUGAGCGGACGGUGCCCAGUGAUUCUGGACGUCCAUUGCUCGAAAUGACGAUGUCCGUGCUGGAUAAAUCGCCCCCGUGCUUUCGUUUCUGAGCAUGUGCCUGCAGCGAACCAAGUUCAGACGCUGCAAACGACUUCUGGUGUUGUUUAGUUACUUCGAAUUGGAAGUUCAUCAUCGAGUGGAGGUCUUGGUAGUGGUUUGUUCGUCUAGUUGAUCUAGUGAGAAGUAUCUGAUCGAUCGGUGCUUCUUGAAUCGUGCGAAACGAUUUUGAGUCGUGAUUGUCAGUAGCGAUGGCCUCUCACAUCGUUCACCUGAGCUAUACUGUUCCCGGUGCGAAGGUUGGCAUUAGGGCCGCAAUCGGUGCAGAAUCGAGAAAGGGGUCUAGUCCAUCGGUUAUAGCAUUAGGGGGUGUGGAUUUAAGAGCUCGAUCGGGGAUUCGGCGCAAGGCUUUCCAGUGUCAGACUACUUUGGUGGGGUCUUCGUCAUCAUCUUCGUCGUCUGUCUUCGGGGGGUCUCUUUGGGGGAGCGUCGUCUCUUAUGGAAGUGCUGGAUCAGGCAGCGGGGGAGCGCUCGGGAGCACGUGUGCAUAUGGAUUCUACGGCCUUCAUGGGGUUUCGACUGAGGCGAUUCGAUGGGGGCUAGCCGCAGCCUGUGCGGUGCUGCUCAUGAAACGGGACGCAGGGGCGAAGAAGCAGUUCUACGCGGCCAUACUCGCCUUGGAAGCGCCGAGGGAUGUGGUGUACUGGGCCAAGAGCGAGUAUGGUCUGUGGGUUGCCUUUAUUGGUCUGGCGAUCAAGCUAUUUUACAGUAAUAGCCUUCCCGGGGAGCUCGACUACCCGCUGGCGGUGUACCUCUUCAUUGCCUCGCUCCCUGGAGAGGCUAUGGUGCGUCGCGGAACGUUGGGAGCCGUUGUGAUAUCCACACUGCUCGCCUGCUUCGUGGUCUACCAGUACUUUUCCAACAUGGACAAGAUCUCGACUGGAUUCAAGGGAGAGCGUCUGAUCACCACCUUCGCAAUUCUGUUCACGGCCAUAGCUUGUAUCGGCUUCCUGGGUAUGGUGUUGUGAUUGAAUUUUCGCUGACACUGUGGCAAUUCAUGCUUCCAGUUCUUGUAAAUAGGCAGCGUAUCGCAGGCAGGAUUGCCACUUUGUAGGUGCCAAGAAAUAGUUUACGUCCCCGGUUUCCAAUGCUCUCCGCAUCAUUUAAACAUGCAUGCGGAGAUCACGAGAUCUCUGCCAUUCAACUGUACAAUUGCAUUGUGGUUUCUACGCUACUUUUUUCUUUUUCUUUUUCUUUCGUCACUAGUGAGGAGAGCGCUCACAUGGAAAAUUGAAUCGCUAAGGCUCAGAUACUACAGAUGACUAUUCCGUGUAUCUCAUUCUCGGUUGUCUUUCGAAGUUCCUUCUUAAUCGAUUCUCGUAAAAAUGACCCAAAUUUUCUACAAA